AUGGGACUGUCCAUCCUUUGUGAGACCACCUUCAGGAGACUGUUGCCGCUGCCCCGCACUCGCUCCCACAGAGAAGCCACACGCUUGCGUAGGACAGCUUGGAAGCCAUCAGUGCUCCAGGAGGCGAACAUCCCCGAGGCACUGCAGCGCCAGGGCAGCCCCAACAACCCCCUGAAGGCCGACGACCCAGCUGACGUCAGAGAUCGCGUUUCUACAACACCAUCCGUCAACAUCGAUGUUGAUAAAGUCGGUGUACGGAUUCCUCCGUUUUGGCCAGAGGAGCCGGAGAUAUGGUUCGCGAAUGUGGAGGGCCAGUUUCUGAUUUCCGGAAUUACCAGCGACACCACCAAAUUUUAUUAUGUGUUGGGACAGCUGGAGAACCGGUACUCCAGAGAGGUGAAAGAUAUCAUCGUGCGACCACCCGCAACUGGCAAGUACGAGAAGCUCAAGACCGAGCUCAUUAAGCGCCUCUCCGCUUCCAAUGAGAAGAAGAUGAAGCAGCUCCUGAUGCACGAGGAGCUAGGUGACCGCAAGCCUUCACAGUUCCUGCGACACCUGAAAAGCCUUGCUGGUGAUGACGUGCCCGACGACUUCAUUAAAACCAUCUGGACAAGCCGCCUACCGAGAAGCAUCCAGACAGUGCUAGCUGGUCAGGCAUCAUCUGCUGUACUCGACGACCUGGCGGACUUGGCUGAUAGGGUUAACGACAUCGCACCCUCUUCACCGGUGGUAGCUGCAGCGUCGACAAGCCAGACUCAGCAGACAGGGAUACCGGGAUCUGUGCUGAGAGACCUCACUCGCGAGAUCGCAGAGCUUCGCAGGCAGUUCCAGCAGUUGAGCGGUGGCAGCAGCAGACAAUCUCGGUCGCGCGGCAGGCGACAGAGUCGUAGCCGAUCCACUUCGAGAUCCCAGUCCAAUUAUCGGAAAUUUCCGCUGUGCUGGUACCAUUGGAAGUACGGUGAGAAGGCGAGUAGAUGCAUCCGCCCGUGCGACUACAAGUCGGAAAAUGCCAGGGGCAGUCGCUAA